GGCCGCGGGGUGGGCGCCGUCCCGGCCCCCGGAGGCGGCCAUGGGCUGCGAUGGGGGCACCAUCCCCAAGCGCCACGAGCUGGUCAAGGGGCCCAAGAAAGUCGAAAAGGUGGACAAAAAUGCCGAAUUGGUGGCCCAAUGGAACUAUUGUACUUUGAGUCAAGAAAUACUAAGACGACCAAUAGUCGCCUGUGAGCUUGGCAGACUUUAUAACAAAGAUGCCGUCAUAGAGUUUUUAUUGGACAAAUCUCCAGAGAAAGCCCUAGGACAGGCCACAUCUCACAUCAAGAGUAUAAAGAAUGUGACAGAACUUAAGCUCUCCGACAAUCCAGCCUGGGAAGGUGAUAAAGGGAGCACUAAAGGUGACAAAUUCGAUGAUUUACAGCGUGCACGUUUUAUCUGCCCUGUCGUGGGCUUGGAAAUUAACGGAAGACACAGGUUUUGUUUUCUUCGUGGCUGUGGUUGCGUAUUUUCCGAAAGAGCCUUGAAAGAAAUCAAAGCAGAGGUCUGCCACACAUGUGGAGCCGCUUUUCAAGAAGAUGAUGUCAUUGUGCUUAAUGGGAGCAAAGAGGAUGUGGAAAUACUAAGAAAAAGAAUGGAAACGAGAAGACUCAAAAUGAAGACGGGGAAGAAAUCAAAGAAACCCAAAGCAACAGAAUCAGUUUCUCAACCACAUGCCACAGAAGAAUCGCCAGGGCCAUCCAAGCUCAAGAGUGAAAAGGAUGAAGUGAACAUUAACUCAGAAAAGAAGUAUGACAUCUCCAACAAGAAUACAGCAACUGGAAAUCCUUCAGGAAAAGCAAGUAAAUCUUCAUCUGGGUGCUCCAAAAGAUCCAUAGCAGACAGUGACGAAUCAGAGGCAUACAAGUCCAUUUUCACCACCCACAGCUCAGCAAAACGCUCAAAGGAGGAGUCUUCCAACUGGGUUACUCACACAUCCUACUGCUUUUGAACGCUACUUGAUGUGAUUGUGGCUUUCCUUCCUCAAGGUAUUUGCUUUAGCGUUUCAUGUAGGGUGUCAUUGUAAUCAAACAGCAUCUCCUAUGGGCCUGUCAAUGAGUUGUUUAUUAAGUGAGGCCCGCCUUUCUUUUUAUUAUAGCUUGCGCUGAUCAUCAGAGAUACAACCGCGGGUUGCCGAGGUUAGAAGACAGCAUGGGAAUGGAGAAAUUAAUUAUUACGAUAUCCAGAAUCAGAUUAGAUAUUUGUUCAGGGUCUUCUCCCUCUGCAGUUGAACUUUUCUGUGGGCAACAAGGCUAGGCUGUUCUUACUUACCGCACCUUCUCAUCCCCACCCCCGUAUUUGCUUUUUGUAGUAAAAAUAAAAGUCUUGAUUGAACAAAUGGAGCUCUCUCUCCUUAUCCGAAGUGCUACCCCGUGUCACCAUUUGUUCACUGGAGUUUGUUUCUGCUGAUGGCAAGGGAAUGGCCUUGAGAAAAUUUCUCGGGCCACAGGCUGCCCACCAGUGGACUCAGCCCAAGGUCUAAGUGAUAGUCCAGGACAGAGAAGCCUGAGAGGACAUUCGGACUUCAGGAUUUCAGGGGAUGUUUAUAAAGUAUCUGAAUAGUGGAAAGUCAGUUAUCAUGCAGUCGGUGGCAUUUGUUGAAACCUUACUAUGUGCCAAGCAGUGGGAGAAUACAGAAAAACAGAGUUGGUAGACACAUUCCCUAUCCCCAAUUAGCUUACAAGUAUUACAAAAUAAUUGGCACCAAAAGCUAAUUCAGAUCUUCCAGAUCUUAAAAAUAAUGUAUUUCAAUUACCUGAAGGCUCAGUUUGGGUAAAUGGUGGCUCAAGUAAUACGCUUCCCUCUCACUUUUUGGAAAUGGUGACACUUCAUUGGAAUGUUUUUGGAGAAGAGGACUUCCAAGCGGUAAAUUUAAGUCCUCUAAAGACCAAAGAUUAGGGUAACUGGGUAAACCCUGGUAGCCCUCUAGCCUAGAAAUAGCAGUAACAGAUGGGUGAAAAUUAACUGUUUAGGUUCAGUUGGCAUAAAAUAAAAUCUAGUAAAACUUUGCCUGUCUGUCUUCCCUUGGGGGUGUGCCUGGGGGCUGCAGGGGAGUUAAGUCCAUCACAGUUACCAUAGGGUCUCGAUGAAAGUAUGAGAACAGCGAGAUUUUCUGUACUUGAAGGUUAACCAAAUGAAACUGCUCUGUGAGCAGGGUGCAGGUCUUCCUUGGACUGAAUGCAGUGUUUAUCGGGAAGCAAACUAUCAAAACAUCAGCUCCAUGGAAGCUUGGCUUGGCGGAGGGGGACGUAUCAUCUCCACAGGAGUGGCACUUUGGCGAUUGAAGUGCUUUUCCUGCAGAGCUUUUCGGGCCAGGCAGAUAGCUGCGGUUAGCCAGCCUUGCCAGGAGACUGUGCGUGACACUUCAUCCCAGCUCUGGAAUCCAGUGGAUUUCCUCUCACCCUUAGCCUCUGAGUGUGUGUGUGGUGUGUGUGGGAGUGGGGGGCGUGGGGAGGGUUAAGGGCCAGCACAGGCCUGUGGUAGGGGGUGGCUUAAACACCUAACAAGGGAGGUGGGUGUCCAUCUCAGCAAGGCCUUAUUGGCAGAGCCUCUCUGUAACUCCUGAGGACAGAUCUGGUUACAGAACAGAAUCAGCACUCAACCAGAAGUGGACCCAACUCACCUGGCCCAUCCUGGACUGGCCUUCAGAAUGCCAUCACUUGAUUGGGUGCAACAGUGGCAGGAAACUAUACAACAAUAUUUCUCCCCCUCUCCUUUUCCUUCCCACUUUCCUACUCCUUCCUGCCCCACUCUGCUCCGGAUGACUUUAAACCCUGCCUAGUCCCUUUCUUACCUAAGAGGGACCUGAAUCUCACCUGACAAACUGUUUGACUCUGAAGGAGGUACAUCAUCAUCAUCAUCAUCACCAUCAUCCCUCGAUAUUUAACGCACCCUGUCGGUGGGCAAUAUGGGACUCUAGAGUACUGAUAAAGCACCACUAGGGCAUAUGGUCUCUAGAAGUAGCAUUUUAAUAUAGAAAUCAGCCAAAUAAGUAGCCCACAUAAACAUUUACCGUAAUUUUAUGAUUGCAUGGGGUGAGGGGUGUAGGCCUCAUCUUGAAUAUCCUGGUGUUUCAUACCAUGCUUUGGCACAUAGUAAGAACCUAAAAGGAACCGUCAUCAUUGUCAUUUCUGAGGGCUCACGUGGGCUGGAAGUUAAGCCAUUUGGGGAAAGAGGUUCUUGAGCUGUGACUGGAAAUGUGGUUUGAUCUAUGACAAGAAGUUAGUGUAAAACAUAUUCUUUGGUAUAACGGAAACAAAGUUGGUGAAUUGUGCCGGAUUUUCCUUAAUCGGUGACCUUAUGAGAAUAAUGUUGAAGGCAGUUAUUUAAUAAACUGCUUUCGUUCCAAAGUGUUUUACAAAUUGAAGGGUAAAUGCAUUAUUAUUAGCAGUAGUGUUGGUGAUAACUAACAGUACAAAUGGUUUUGUUUUUGUAUCAGUUGUCCUCACCGUAUCCCUGAGGGGCCACUGACGGUAUCCCUGUAUUACAGGCAAGGAAACCGAGCCGCUGAGACAUUAAAGAUGACCCAAAAAGCUGGAUCUAGAAUUCCAGUCACCUAAUAAUGGUCUUUGUUAAGCACUUACUAUGUGCCAAACACAUGAUGCUGGGGUAGCAGGUAUGGUCAUAAGGUCAGACACAGUUCCGGUCCCAGAUGAGAAUCACAGUCUGAGUAAGUGGGAGAACUGGCAAGGGAAAAUUAAAUGGCUUGCCCAAGGUCACACAGCAGGCAAGUGGCAAGUGGCAGAGAGGGGAUUAGAACCAAGGUCCCCUGACUCCCAGGCUUGUGAUCUUCGGACUGGCCACCCUGCUUCUUGACUCUCAGAUUCCCCUGUUCGCCCUCCCACAGGUGUUCGACUGCCCCCAUCUCUGUCUGCACUAGAAAACCAUUUAUUUAUUCAGGACAAUGACUAUCUCCCUUACUAGACUGUAGGCUUUCCUUAUUUUAUAUUUUCCCAACUGCUGUUCCAACCUUUCUGCACCACCUAAGCACUCAAAUGCAGUACUCACAAUCCCCUUAGGCAUUUACGUACUUAUCUUUAUGCUUUUAUUACUUCCUCCUUCCUCCCAUUUUAAUGUCUGCUACAUGAAAUUGUGCACUUCUUGAGGGCAGGGUUCAUGUCUCUUAAUUCUCUUGUUCAGUAAAAUGCUCUGCACAACAGUAGGUGCUCAUUAAAUACUUUAGAUUGACCGAUUGAGAAUCAGGCAUUACGGUGGAUAUUGGCCUGGGAUUUUUAAAUUUAGUCACGAUGUUAGCAGAGAUUUAAUUGGGAAACACACUUUUAGGCAGUAGACAUUUGGAUGUACAGUUUUUUAAAUUAACCUAAAUGUAGUGUAGUCUUCACACAAACAGUGGACCCUCUUCCCCCCCAAUACACAGACAUGUGCGCGCGCACGCGCGCACACACACACACACACCAUGAGGAAAGAUUUAAUAAUUUGGGCUGUGAUAUAUAGUGGGUACUCCUUGUGAGUUACUUGAGACAUUUCAACCGGAUUUCACUGGAGAUUUUCAGUGUUUUUCAGAGGGUUUGCCUAAUUCAUUUGUCUUCGGAUUAAGGACCCUUGAUCAGAUGUACGGGAAAACCUGGAUGAAUUGUUGAUCAAAAGAGUUUAAGAGGGAGAAAUGUGUAUGUAGCGUGCACAUAAAAUAAGUGUCUAAGUUAAAUGUGUGCAAAUUUGUAUAUUAGGUGUGUGUGGAAUAUUGGGUUGUGGUCCUUGUUAUAUCUGUCAAAAAUUACUGAAUUCCCUGGUAAUUCAUGAUGUUAGAUGUAAACAAAAGCAGUGUGAUCUUUAUUAUUACUCUUGGGAAUGGAAAACAAAGCACGCACAAAUAAAAUUUGCAAAUUAUAUUGAAUCUUUCUCUGUAACCAAUCUUUCUUUUUUUUUACCAAGGAUAAUAAAGAAUUGCAAAAUGGA